GUCAGUGUUCCCUUUUCUGUUUGCUUCUGGUGGGGCAGCAACAGCACUGGAGAGAAACAGAAGAAGAAGAAGAGAGAGAGAGAGAGAGAGAGAGAGAGAGAGAGAGAGAGAGAGGGAAAGAAAAGAAAAAGAAAGAAAGAUAAGAGCAUAGAGAGUGAUAGAGUUUAUACAGCCAGUCCGGAGAGAGAGGGAGGGAGAGAGGGAGGCAGUCAGAGAGGAAAAGGGGGAGUAGGUAGUAAAGACCGGUCUCUAGAGAGAAGAAGGAGAGAAGGAGGGAGAGAGGGAGGGAGUACACAGAAUAAAGAGGGGGAACCGGGUCUUCAAAAAGGACUUGAGAUAGAGAGAGGGAAAGAGAGAAGGAGAGAGCAAGGAAGCACACAGAAUAUAGAGGGGGAACAGGGCUUUUUAAAAGGACUAUAGACAGAGAGAGGGAUAUAGAGGGAAAGAGAGAAGGAGAGAGAGAGGGAGCACACAGAAUAAAGAGGGGGAACAGGGCUUUUAAAAAGGACUUGAGACAGAGAGAGAGAGAGAGGGAAAGAGAGAGUGAGGUAGCACACAGACUAAAGAGGAGGAACGGGGCUUUUAAAAAGGACUUGAGACAGAGAGAGAGAGGGAUAGAGAGAGAAAGAGAGAGCGAGGGAGCACACAGAAUAAAGAGGAGGAACAGGGCUUUUUAAAAAAAGGGCUCGAGACAGAGAGAGAGAGGGAUAGAGUGGGAAACAGAGAGGGAGAGAGAGCGAGGGAGCACACACAGGAUAAAGAAGGGAAACCAAAGGCAGCAUGCAGUGUCUGGACGGCACUGUGUUCUGGCUCAGCUGGGCGUUCAUGGCCGCAGGUGUGGCGUACCUGUUCGCCGACCGGCAGGUCUCGGGGCCGUACGGCCGCUACGUGCCGGCGAGCUACGACCGCAAGCUGCUGCCCGCCGCCCUGGGCUGGUUCAUCCAGGAGCUGCCCGCCUUCCUGGUGCCCGUCCUCCUCGCCCUCGCCACAGACGCACGCCCGGGCCUGGGCACAGGCCUGCUGCUCUGCACCUACUGUCUGCACUACUUCCACAGGACGUUUGUCUUCUCCCUGUUGACGCGGGGCAAGCCCAUGCCUGUGCAGACGGUCCGGUCUGCCACCAUCUUCUGCACCGUGUGCGGAGCCCUGCAGGGGCACAACCUGCUGCACUGCGCCCAGUACGACCACACCUGGGCACGGGACCCACGUCUGAUCACAGGACUGCUCAUGUUUUUCCUCGGAAUGGCCAUCAACGUUCACAGUGAUCACGUUUUACGAGGCCUGAGAAGACCCGGGGAAACCGCCUACAAAAUUCCCAGAGGUGGUCUGUUUGAGUAUGUGUCCGGAGCAAACUUCUUUGGGGAGAUUGUGGAAUGGUAUGGCUUUGCCAUAGCGACAUGGACCCUGCCUGCCUUCUCUUUGGCAUUCUUCACCAUGUGUUCUAUUGGACCGCGGGCCUACUAUCACCACAGGUUUUACACUGAGAAAUUCAGCGAUUACCCCAAAACCAGGAAAGCCCUGAUCCCCUUUGUAUUUUGAGAUUGACCUGUGUUUGAUUUAUCAUCUGAAUGAUUUAAAGAGAAAACAGUAAAAUGAUCAAUAACUAAAUGAAAAAUAUAUAUUAUUAAAUGUAAAUGGAAUUAGAACUGACUUGAUUUGUUCUGUACAGAGUUGCAUAAUGUCUUACAUAAAUACUUCUUACAUGAUUUCCAAUGUUUUUCAUAUCCUUUGUUAAAAAAAUCAGUUAUUUAUAUUAAAACAAGACAAUUGCCAUAA